AUGAAGAAUAGUGACAACACCAACCCCAACCCGGCCUAUCUCUUCGUAAACAAGACCCAAAAGUCCAAGUCUCUUUCCAAAAGCGAUGGCGCCGUUGCCAAACAGAUCAAUCGCCACGCACAGCACUUUCGAAGCCGCAAGGUCGACGUCCGAAAGCUCAACUCGGCUCUCUCCGACUCAUCCUCGGCUCGUCGGAUCGCCCGCGACGGAUGGCAUCGAAUAGAAAGCCUUGAAGACCUUGCCGCCGAGUCAUCAUCUCCCGCAUCAAGCUCCCACAUCGACAAUACACCCGCGGCUCCGUCGGGCCCAGUCGAUGGCCACAAUGCUGCGCCGUUCUCGCCGUUCAUUGCGAAUCUAACUUCCCACAUCCGACCAUCACCCUCGUCGUCAGCAACGUCCGCAUCACGUAGCGUCAGUGGCAUCCAGGCUUCUUCCGACUCGCCUGACGGAGACCAGGAUCAACUGGAGAAUGGAGAUGACCUGCAGCUGUCGUCUGUUUAUAGGGCUAACUUCACCGCUUACGACUGCGUGGAUCCUUUUGGCAUCACUCCGAUCCAAGUCACCACCAAGAUUCACAGCAUUCUGCAGUACACCCUCCGGAUCUACCCCUACUCGGGUAACAAUUACAAACUGGCUCAUUUACCCGCACAUGUGCGCUCGACCAUCUCUCGAUUCCCCAUUGGCGAGGUGCUUGACCGCAGUGUCUAUAAGGAACAUCACCUUUACGCCGUCAUGGCCGGAAUGGUCGCUCGGUUGAAGUAUUGCUUUGAUGUCUCCAUCUUUGGCGACGACGCGGAUGAACUUCGAGCUACUGCGUCAUAUUAUAUCCGCAAGGAACUGAUCCGCGCUUCCCGGACAGGUGAUCUCGACAAACAGACCAUUUUGGACAUUCUGUUCCUGGUGGUCAACGAAGUGCAGUACGGUCGUUAUGAUGAUGCAAGGAAACACCUUCAGAUUGUGGGGAAGCUAUUCCAUCUGCUCAAUCACAGAGAGCACCUCGAUCGUUGGAUUUCUGAGACCGCUGCCCACGUAGACAAUCAACUCGCUCUGACUACUGCCACCCACCCAGUCAUCAAGAGGAGCUUCGAUCCCGGUCCUAUGUUGCCCGAGCGGAUGGCCACGCUCCGCAGAGAGGCCCUCAGAAUGCGCUACACUGGCUCCCCCCAACCGCUUUCUAUGGCGUCGCGCGGUCCCAAGGCUUCACUGGGCCUGACCGAUACCAUUGCCGAUCUUGCGGAGACGCUGGAUUUGCGCAUGGGAACGCAAUUCGCUCAAGGCCUCAAAAUCGGGCUGUUCCCCGGGAGAAUGGGCACCGUCGUUUCCGAUCUGGUGGACUGUAUCGAAAUUGCCAAAGUGGUGUGGCUGUCUCCUCUGGCAGUCUGCUUCGAUGCGGAAUGGUUAUGCAGAAAGGCCCGAGCGGUCCUGCGUGCCUUGGUCUUCAUGGCGCCCGAAAAUCACGAAGGCGUGUCGGACAUUGACACCGGUACUGAAUGUUUGAGGAUCUGCCUGAUGAUUUUGAUGACGCAUGCCUGUACCCUGGUGGGCUUCCAGACAGCCAAAGCCAAUUCGAGACGUCUCCAAAAGGCCAAAAAAGCUGCUUUGGCCGUAUGGUGUCCUCCUAUAGGCUGGACGGAAGACUGUGUACCCUUGGAUCCGACAAGGCGCCUGCCAGUCUUUGAGGAAACUCAAGCUGCUCUGGGCUUGUGGGGGGCUCUGAUCGGCGUCUGGUCGGCGCAAGGUCUCCCAGAGCAAGAAUGGUUCACGGUCCGGGCGGUCAACAUGAGUCGAUAUCUUGGCUACACUACCUACGAGGAUCUGCACAACCAUAUGGCGCAAUAUCUCUACUCCAGUUCGUUCCAAGAACACAGUCUACGAACGGUGGCACAGCGACUCCAGUUUCCGCCCACCAACCAAUACAGCGAGAGAGCGGCCUGA